GGUCACUUGGAGGUUGCACGCCUUUUGUUGCACGCAGAGGCUGACAAGGACAAGGCCAGGCACAGUGGCGCCACCCCAUUGUACAGCGCAGCUGGGAAUGGGCACUUGGAGGUUGCACGCCUUUUGUUGGAGGCCAAAGCUGACAAGCACAAAGUGACUGGUUUCGGCGUCAGCCCAUUGUUCAUCGCAGCUCAGAAUGGGAACUUAAAGGUUGCACGACUUUUGCACGAUACAGCGUGCACUGACAGUUGCACGGCAGUUUGCACGGGCAGUUGGAAGUUGCUUACCUCUUGCUGGAGGUGA